GGUGAAAUGAAGUCUGAAAUUGAAAGGGUAUUAACGGACCUUCUAAAUUAUAUGGAAAAAUCGCAUAAUCAGUCGGACGCUAUCGAAUAUUGCAAUGAUGAAGUUAAAUGGAGUAAAUUUGGCCAUAAAGGAAAACACACAAAUAAAGCAGCUUGUUUGCUUUUUGCUUCAGGGUUAAAGCACAUUUAUACCCAUGGUAAUGACCACCAGACGGGCCAGUUUAAGGGCCCAUCGUUUGAACAAACGAUGGGUUGUUUAUUUCUUAAGGAGUAUGCAAAACAAUUGCAAAAAAUGGCAGAAACGAAAAAAAAAGGACAGAGUUGGGUACAUCCUCUUUGUGACAUAGAUAAGGGCAUAAAUCACGCUUUUGAUAAGAGUGGUGACAUUAUGAAGAAUGUAUUAACUGAAUGCAACAAUGGUACUGAUGGUAUUUCUUGUUUUCAAUGCAAACUAAAUGAAGGUUAUGAUAAUUGCAAAAUUGGCGAUGACGAUGUAGGAAAUAAAGCUAAAGAUCUGUUCGAAGGCGAAUCGAAGCAAAACCAAAUGGAAAAAACAUUAGAGAAUACAGUCUGUCCCAUCCUUCUUACGGAUCUCCUUACCCCUUUUGUUCCUUUGGCUCCUGUCUCUAUUGGCCUUUCUGCUAUGGCUUAUUACCUUUGGAAGUAUUUUGGUCCUCUUGGUAAAGGAGGACCACGUUUCCGAAGAUCUCCUGCUGAAAUACGCGGUCCAUCGGUACAGGAACAAGUCCUCGAUCACGUGCAGCAAGAUAGUUCACAUGAAUAUCGAUUGGUGAAGGAACGAAAACCUCGUUCAGUUCCAACGAGAACGAAACGUUCUGGUCCCGUGAAUCGCCGCACGAUUAUUGAAAUUCAUUUUGAAGUGUUGGAUGAAUGUCAAAAAGGCGACACACAAUUGAACCAGAAGGAUUUUCUGGAACUUUUGGUUCAAGAGUUCAUGGGAUCCGAAUUAAUGGAAGAAGAAGAACAGGUUCCUAAGGAAGACGUUCUUAUGGAAGGCGUUCCAAUGGGACGUGUUCCAAGUUUAGGUUCCGGGUUUAUGGUUUAG